AUGGCCGAAGCAGGAGCGGGAAGCGCCGAGGGCGCCGAGGAGGAGCGGCGGGCGGCGGAAGAUAAAUUCUCUGUGGAUGGGAGCCCCUGCAUUCCCUGUGGAGUGCCCAGCCUCAUGAAUCCAGUCACUAAACCUGCCACCGCCACGUCUUUCAAUGCUGCUGUGCCUGACAUUCCAAGGAAACGCAAGGGAAGUGAUUCUGAUAACCAGGAUGUUUCUGCAGUUGAAGUUGAUGGUGAUCUUCAGAAAAGAAGUGAAGAUGAAGAACAUGUUAAAGUAAAAGAUUUCAGAGAGGCUCACAGUCAAACAGAAAAAAGAAGAAGAGACAAAAUGAAUAAUUUGAUAGAGGAAUUGUCUGCCAUGAUACCACAGUGCAAUCCCAUGGCCCGAAAGCUAGACAAACUCACAGUGCUACGGAUGGCUGUGCAGCACCUGAAGUCUUUAAAAGGUUCCAGUAGCUCCUACUCAGAAGUCCGGUAUAAACCUUCAUUUUUGAAGGAUGAUGAACUGCGACAGUUAAUCCUUAGGGCUGCAGAUGGAUUCCUGUUUGUGGUUGGAUGCAACAGAGGAAAAAUUCUGUUUGUCUCUGAGUCAGUUUGCAAAAUACUUAAUUAUGAUCAGGCCAGUUUAAUUGGACAAAGUUUAUUUGAUUACUUACAUCCAAAAGAUGUUGCAAAAGUUAAGGAACAACUUUCUUCAUCAGACGUCUCGCCUAGGGAGAAGCUCGUAGAUGGCAAAACUGGCUUGCAAGUACACACAGAUUUCCAAGCUGGACCAGCUCGGCUGAAUUCUGGUGCUCGACGUUCCUUCUUCUGUCGGAUAAAGUGUAGCAGGACCACAGUCAAAGAGGAGAAGGAGUGUUUGCCCAACCCAAAGAAGAAAGAUCACAGAAAAUACUGCACCAUUCACUGUACUGGGUAUUUGAAGAACUGGCCUCCUAAUGAGGUGGGAGUAGAAGAGGAAAAUGAUGUAGAAAAGGACAGUAGUAACUUUAACUGUCUUGUUGCAAUUGGGAGGUUACACCCUUAUAUUGUUCCACAAAAGAGUGGAGAGAUAAAAGUCAAAGCAACAGAAUUUGUUACACGAUUUGCCAUGGAUGGAAAAUUUGUUUAUGUAGAUCAGCGCGCAACAGCAAUUUUAGGGUAUCUGCCACAAGAGCUUCUAGGAACUUCUUGUUAUGAGUACUGCCAUCAAGAUGAUCACAAUCACCUAGCUGAAAAACACAAAGAAGUGUUACAGAAUAAAGAAAAAGUAUUUACAAAUUCCUACAAAUUUAGAGCAAAAGAUGGGACUUUCGUUACUUUAAAGAGUCAGUGGUUUAGUUUCAUGAAUCCUUGGACCAAAGAGCUGGAGUACAUUGUAUCAAACAACACUGUGGUAUUAGGUCAUAAGGAAUCAGCUGAAGAAGAGGUCCUCUACAGUUCUCAACCUGCAGAAGAUGCUGUAAAACAGUCUUUAGUAAGUGUGCCUGGAAUGUCCUCUGGAACAAUUCUUGGUGCUGGCAGUAUAGGAACCGAAAUUGCAAACGAAAUAUUAGAAUUACAAAGGUUGCAUUCUUCACCCUCUGGAGAGUUAAGUCCGUCACAUCUCCUCAGAAAGUCACCUUCUCCAGCUUUAACUAUAAACUGCAGCGAUGUGCCAAAUAAAGAGUUGGUUCAGUUAUGUCCUUCAGAAACAGAAGUUCUAGAGAAUUCAGAACAAACCCAGGGUGCUAUUCCAUUUCCCAGUAAUGAACCUCUCCUCAGUGGCAAUUCUCAGCUGGACUUCGAUGCCAUCUGUGAGAACGAUGACACUGCAAUGACAGCUCUGAUGAAUUACCUGGAGGCUGACGGAGGCCUGGGAGACCCAGCUGACCUCAGUGAUAUCCAGUGGGCCCUCUAGAGCUGCUUCUGGGAGUAAGGAAUGUCAAAAACCCCUCAUGCACAACAACCCUACAUCCUCAGUACUGUACUGGAGUUUUGUAAUGGUUCCUUUGAAUUCAGACUUGCUGUCUCUGGAUUUUUAAAGACUGAAGCCUUCUUCAGAGUGAGAGACAUCUUCUGCUGCACCUAUGGACAAAUGCAAUAUUUUUUUGUGAUGAGGAAAUCUUGAAAUUUUAAUAUUGAAACAUCUGUAACUGGAAUGCUUAGAACACAUAAGUAUAUUUUUGCUAAGAAGCUUUAACCAAAAGGUACUGUACAAUGUACAGGAUUACUUUUGCUUAGUUUUAAUACUUCAAACUUUUAUUUAUUAUUUUUGGUUCAAGUUGCAGAAUAUUGGUUAUCCAUGUUACUUUCUGUAGAACCUACUGUACUUACAUGGUUUGAGAAUAUUUGUAACUAUUAAAUUUAAUUGAAAUAAUUAUUUGCACACACUACAGUUGUAAAAUAAGGUAUUGUAAUUCUCAAAUGAUGCAGUUUGUGAUUCCUUGCACUUCUCAGCAGUGCAGUUUUUGCAGUCAAAGGUGAAAAUGAAGCCUAUGGUUCUGGGAGCAAGGACUGGGGGGUUGAAUCACCCUAAUAAAUAAAAGAGAAUGUUUUUCUCAAAACACUCAUUUUCCCAGUACACAAACAUGAGAAGGGCAUAAGAAAAGAGCAACAAAAACUCUUAAUUAUUGUUUUAUGUUAUUUGUAAUGUAUGAUUAGAGAGGCAGUGCAUAGAGCCAGAGAAAAAAUGCUCUGUUUGUAGUAAAGCACUUUGGUCUUGUCCCAGGGUCUUUACUAACUAGAGAAGUUUGAAUGGAUAGUCUUGGCUCCAGGGUGAAGCUUGCACUCACCCUGUUGGUGAGAAAAUGUUAAAAUUCCAGAGCAUCUUUUAUGUUUUUGGAGAGAUUGAGAGAAUUUUGUACUUCUUGAGUGUGUGACUUUUAAAAAUCUCUCUGUACUAUAGCUGUGUAAGUAAAUGCUAUGCAGGAUGAUCUUUUGGGAACAACUUUUGCAAGGAUUGUAUCCCAGUUACAGCAAAUUACUCAAGAAUGUGGCACUUCAGAGGUUGCAUUAGAACAACAUAGCACUAAUACAGCAAGAGGAUCUUUUUAUCUCUGGUAUUGAAGGUUUAAAUAAAUUUUUGCAUAGAUUAUAUAUUAUACAAUUACAGAUGUUUUCAUGUUUUCUUCAUUCUUUUCUUUUUUUUUUUUUUUUUUUUU